AUGCAUGAUUGGAAAGAAUCACAUUCUCAAGUUUUUAAUAGUAUUCGAUUAAAGUCGUGGAGAAGCAAAACUACUAAAAAAGAAAUGAGCGCCUCUGUGGUAAACGAGGAAAUUGACGAUAACUGGUUUAAAACCUCCGACAAUCUUCUGAUCGACGAUGAUAUUACUUUGGAUUAUAAACUUAAUUCGGCUGAGGAUGUUGAGUUCUUUAAUCUAUUAGAAGAGGCAGAUUCACUAAAAUAUACUGAGAAGAUAAGUGGUCAGCAAGAAGAAAAAGAAAACCAGCAACCACUACAACAGGGUGACGAAACAUUUUUGCGUGAUUUUAAAGGUGAUGUAUCUGAGCAAGUAGAAGAAACAAAAAUGUUACAAGAACAAGUAGACACAGAAACAAAAGUUUCAGAAGAGCCUGUAUAUAAGUUUGACGAAAAUGAUACAGGGCUCUUACCGGAGGAAAUCGAAACACAACCGGAGGACGAAAAUGAUGCAGAGCUCUUACCAGAGGAAAUCGAAACACAUACGGUUGAUGAAUCUUUUAACGAAAAUGUGAUCGUUCUUGAAGAUGAUGAAUUAAUUGAUAAUGAUAACAUCGAUGACAGUGUUAUACCUGAUGAUUUGGAAGAUGAAUCUGACUUUUAUUUCGGUAAGCGAUCACCUCAAAAAGAAAAUGACCAUUCAAAUAGUGGUCAAUCCCGUUGUAUCUUGGAAUAUGAAGGCCAAACGAAUCAUAUAUAUGUCAAGUCUGAUAAAUGCUUGGGGGAGUUAAUGCAAGAUCUCAAGGAUGACCUUAUCCGUGACAGAACACUUGAUGGUGAAGUGGUAUUGACGUUUUUAGAUUCAUCCAUUGAUGAUUUCCAAUUAGUUUUGUCUCAGGAUAAUAAAUAUUCACAAGAAUUUACACUUGGUAAAAUUAUUAAUGUCCAUAAUAAAUAUCGAAAAUCUCGUGACCUUGAUACGGCAGAUCUUCACGUAGUAAUGACUUUACAAAAUAGAUUCAUUUCACAGUAUCGAAAAUAUGAUGAUGUCGCCGGGGAGAGAGCACAAAAUCCAAUUAUCGUCGGUGACUCAUCACCUGAGCCCUUCGAUGAUUGUGAUAAUAAUUCAACAUUUCCCGGUGAAGACGUCAUAACAAAAGUGGACCAAGUAUCUGGAACAGGUAAUUCAUUUUUUAAACCAUCAAAAGACGCGUCUUUGCCACUAUCUAAAGAUGUAAAUGACGAACAAAACAAUGAUAUUAGAGAUGAAAAUGAUGAUCUUCCACCUUAUUCUGGUGACGAAGAUGACGGUAGUAUAUGGGAGAAUGAUGAACACGAUGAAGAUGAAUUUUAUAACGAAGAUUCUCAAACUUAUUAUCAAAAGCAAGCAACAUCUAGUGAAACAGAUGAGUUAUAUGUUGGUGAACAAGAGCCUUAUGAAGAUGGUGUAGGUUUAGGUGAAGAUAACGAGGUGAAACAUCUUGAUGAACAACUAGUGUCAAAUGAUCUACCUAGUGAUAAAGAUGACAUAGGUUUAGGUGAAAAUGAUGAAGUUAAACAUCUUGGUGAACAACUAGAGUCAAAUGAUCUAACUAGUGACAAAUAUGACAUAGUUGAAGAUGAAGUGAAACAUCUCGAUAAACAACUAGAGUCAAAUGAACAGCUAGAAUCAAACGAACAGAUAGAAUCAAAUGAACUACUAGAAUCAAAUGAACUACUAGAGUCAAAUGAACAGCUAGAAUCAAAUGACCUUCUAGAAUCAAAUGACCUUCUAGAAUCAAAUGAAAUUCUAGAAUCAAAUGACCUUCUAGAGUCAAAUGAACUACUAGAAUCAAAUGAACUGCCGAGUGAUAAAAAUGAUCUGCGUGAAGACAUUUUUAAUGAAGACUCAUUAAAUGAUAUUGAUUUCUCAAAUGUAUAUGAUUCGAAGGAUAAUGAUUUGUUCGCUCCGAUUGACGAAUGGGUGGCUGAAUAUACCGCAAGAAAGCGUGAGAGACCUUACACGAACGAUAAUGAAGAAGAAGCCAAUAAGAAGGCCCGUAUAAAUUGA